ACCACUGCAUGCGCGCGACUCGUGGCCCUCCGUCCUCCUCUUUGUUCGUCAUCACUUGCAUCCUCGCCCUCUAGAUCUUCCUUGGGUCUCGCAGCACCACCACUACCAGGAGCCAACCCAGUCCUCGUCCUUCCCUCCUCCCCUCCCCCCCUCCCCCGUCUGACACUGAUACCUACCGCGUUCGCCUGACGCGCCCGCCGCCUUGCGACGGCUCCCUCGACCCCUUCGCCUCCCUCCCGUCCUUCCUCGGCCCGCCAUGUAUAGCACUUCCCACUCGUCCGUUCCCGCUCCGAUGAAUGGCAUCGGAGGGGAUCUGGUCGAUGGUUCGGGCACGAUUAAUCCUGCAGCCUUAAACAACGUCGCCGUUGCCAUCCCCCCUCCAUCAUUCGGGCCCACGAAUCCUAGCAUAGCUCCUCGUGGUGUCAAGCGAAGUCGCACCCCAGAUCAGCGAGGGAGCGCACGCGCCGAUGGGGAUCAUGAUGACGCAGCAGAUGACCAUGGUCGUCGGAAACGAGGGCGGCCUCCCAAGACCCCGCGGCCGACAACGUCAAGCAACGAUCAGCCCGCCUCGUCCAAUGCUCAUGUUCAAACUCCUCGAAUGCAGACUCAACCUCUCCCCACUCAAACACCCGCCAAUGUAUCCCCGCCGCAAGCUUCGCCGCCCGAAAAGAGCACACCAACCAAGGCUGCAUUGGUCAAAGCUCUUCCCACCGUGCGUGACCAUACUACCGACCAGCUGAAUGAGGCGGGUGAUGAAUACGUCCCCAAAGAAUUCGACGAUGCCGGCGAGAAGAAGGUUGACGACAUGGGUUACCUCCAAGGUGGUCGCGAGUACAAGUGCCGUACGUUUCGCGUGCCGCUUCGUGGAACAAAGCUGUUCAUGCUGGCUACUGAAUGUGCGCGAGUCCUGGGCUAUCGAGACUCGUAUCUCUUGUUCAACAAGAAUCGCUCUCUGCAUAAGAUCAUCGCCACUCAAAUCGAGAAGGAUGAUUUGAUCCAACAGGAUAUCUUACCAUAUUCAUACCGCUCUCGUCAAAUCGCCAUCGUAACGGCCAAGUCCAUGUUUCGCCAAUUCGGUAGCCGGGUAAUUGUGAAUGGACGAAGGGUCCGUGACGAUUACUGGGAGGGCAAGGCGCGUAAACAAGGAUUCACGGAGGACGAUCUUGCGGGCGAAAAGCGCCCGGGUGGUACCAAGGCACGCGAUGCUGCGGCAGCCGAAGCCGCCGGGGCCGCCAAUUUCUUGCCCACUCUGACCCAUGGCGAUGUCAUCUACAGCAACGCGCUAGAGGCGGUGCCGAGCAGCAUGACGAUUGGUGCACCGCCAACGGUCUCACUCUCGCAGCCGCUUCCGAUGAUUCAUAUGGCGACGACUGCAGAUGACCCGCGCCUGAGGGAGUACAACAGCAUGCCUCGACCUCGCCAGGAGUUGACAGGCCAACCGUACCAGGACCGGUCACAGCCGAGCACUCCUGCCGACAUCAUGAAUCAAGCCACACACACUGCGGACUUCAACAAGCUCUUGACCCAACAGCGCAGCUAUCGACAGAAAGGACUGGAAGAGUUCUAUUCCAAGCAGCGUGAGAUCCCCGCCUCGGCCGCGCCUCCGCAUCCCGGACCAAUCGAUUCGGCCCCGUCUGUCUCCCAGCCAAUGCAGUCGCCUCAAAUUCCUUCGACCGGGGUAAUGAACCAAGCUCAGCCGCCGCAAGCCAUGCUCCCCCACCAGCCUCCCAUUAUGUCCAGUCAGCCCGGCUUUCAACCGGCAGCAACUCAUCAGCAGCCACCCAUCGCACAGUCGCCUGCUCGAGGUGUUCCUGCACCUCGUCCAGAGCUUAUGCAUCAGCGUUCCAAUCCUGCUAUACCUGCUAAUGCCCCCCAGCCACCGGGUCCCUACGGGUAUCCAUCCCAGCCGCAGCAGAUGUGGGGCCAGCCGCCUCCGCAGCCCCAGCCCUCUCCCCUUUCUGCUGGACCGCAAGGUGUAGCAAUGCCGCAAUUCCCAUCCCAGAUGCAUCCUCAGCAGUCUCCUUCGCCGCUCGCGCACUCUCUUCCCCAGCAGCACGCUUCCCAGUCUCCUCGCAAUCAAGCUAGGCCUUCCGCACCCCCGAUGUCACAACCUUUCCCGAUGCAUCCGCAAACCCCGCAGCAGCAGUCUAUGGCAGCCAUGCCUUUCCCUGGCGUCACUGCUGUACAGUAUCCGGGUAUUCCCGCCGCGCGGGCUAUUUAUCCUUCUACGCAGGGCCCGGCAGGGCAACAGUAUAUGGCCGGAAAUCCCCAGCAGCCUGGGAUGGCUAUGGGCAUGAACCCUGGUGGAGCGAUGCCCGGCUGGCCUCCCGGCCCCGGUGGGCCGAUGCAACCAGGACAUCCACAGCCAGGUCAAUCUGGCACUCCUCUCGGAUGGUCUGGGUACUGAAGAUAGAGGCUUUAACUGGCGUUGGUGUGCAGUGGGCCGUUUGCAAGUGAGAAUCAUCCUGGUGCUGUUUAUGUUGAGAAAGAGACGCAUUGUUCGGUUUCUAUGAGCUU